AUGUACACUCUAGAAGACGUUCCAGGAAAGGGCAAAGGACUUGUUGCAAGAAAGCUCAUUCCCAAAGGCACCCGCAUUCUCGAGGAACGACCGAUUGUCAAGACACCUAAACGCAAGAAGAGCGACGAGUGGCUGAACGCAAAUGUAGCCCAGCAAGUUGAUUCGCUGGAUGACAGUCGCAAGGUUCGUCGCCAGACACUUCAAGAAAAAUUUGGAUUCCUCUGUUCAUGCCAUCUAUGCUCCCUAGAUUCGGCAGAGAGCCAGAAGAGCGAUCAACGUUUGGCUAGAAUUGAUCAACUGGACGACCUCAUUGGCGCGAAAUGCAUUUCAGGAAACUUUUCACAACAAGCUCUUCGCUAUGUCGAUGAACGGGUUCGGCUUUACGAUCAGCAAGGACAAAGUAACUCUAGUCUGCCAAGAGCAUACCUAGAUGCCGCUCAGAUCGCCAUUGCCAACGGCGAUCUCGCCAGAGGAAGCGUGUUUGCAAGGAGGGCAGUGGAAGGAUGGCGAACAGCUCAGGGAAGCGAUAGUGAUGAGGUGGUUGAGUACGCACCAUUGAUACAAGAUCCCGCCAAGCUGCCGCUAUAUGGUAUAUCGAUGAGAUGGAAGACGUCAUUGGAAGAAGUCCCUUCGGAACUUGACUCGAACGACUUCGAAGACUGGCUUUGGAAAAGGGAACAGCCAAAGAAGACACACCAGUCAGGACAGUUGACAAGUCUUCGCUGCCGUGAUGUCUUUCCUGGCUUCGCUGCUCUUCCAUACAGCUUGGAUUCGCCAGGUUUCCAUCGAGGUUCUCAGGAGAUUUACCAAUCUUCACGUCAUUGGUGCUUUCUAGGAGAAAUCACUGAUUCGAUCACGCUCCAUCAUCUCGAGCUGGAACUCACAGAUGCCGACGACAAAAAGAUACCUUUGCACUUCAACACUGAUGGUCGAGGUAGUGAAUUCAGUAUUGCGCAGCUUCGGAAAGGAUAUACAGUCGCAAUUCUGUAUGCAGAACGCCACACAUUUAUACACGGAGAUCCUGGUAUCAAACUCAUAGAUCCAAAGAUGCUGAAGAUUUUCCCAGUAUCGUUGAACAAGUUGCUGGACCUGAGCGACCGGAUUCAGCAAUUCUCAGGCGACGCCUGUCAACGGACUGGUUGGGUUGAGAAAGGGCAUAAAACCGAUUGCAAAAUGCUGAAAGAUUCUGAUUUACGUGGGUUGUUUACCCUGGAAUGGGACAAGCUGGACACCCGUACGCACUUUCCUCUUGAUGUCACGACAACUGCCUAG